CAGAGGCUCGGUGCAGACGCUGGGAGCCGCGGGGAGGACGAGGUCGGAGCUGAGGAGCGGACAUGUCCACCCUGGGCUGGUGGCGCCGCCGGGCGCCAGGGGCCCUGUGGGCGUGCUAGACUGUGCACACGGGCUGCUCCUGGGCCGAGCCGUGGGGCCCGAGGCAGUGUGGUGAGGGGAGCUUUGCCUUCUCGAGCUCCUCCCCUUCUCAGAGACACCUGGCCAGAGGAAGAGGAACUAGGUCCAAACACUAGGUGGCCGGGUCCAGGUCCAGGUGAGCUGAAUUCCCUUCUCACACUCAUCCUUAGAGUGAACACAUUCUUCUUCAUCCUGACACUUUUCUACUGCAUACGUGUUCUAUACAGCCAUGCAAGUACCCGUUUGUGCUCUCUGAAAACUCACAGACUCUUCCGGUGAAUUGCGUGUUUGCCAGAAAUUCUCCUUGGCCUCAUGCUAUGCUUUUCAGUUUCCUUCAUUUCCCCCCCGCCCCCCCCCCCCCCCCCCCCCCCCCCGCCAACACUCAGUUGCACUUUCAGGCCUACUUUUUCUCUCUUGUUGGGUGAUUAGAGAAGCAUGAGAGGUCCAUCGGUUCUUCUAGCAAACAUGGCCUAGAGUGGGAAAAGAAGUGUAUUCCUGGAGCUCAUAGUCUAUUGGGUAAUGAAAGACUUUGAAAAAAUAAUUGUACAAUUGAUGUUUUUGAGAGAGAAUAUUCACUGUGGACAGUUAACCUGAAAGAGGCCACAUAGGGCCUUUCUGGAAGGCCAGGGAAGCUCAGGCUGAGCACUGAAGAAGUGAGGAUGGUAGUGUGUUGUGGCAAGAGUAGUCUGAAGCAGAGGGCACAGGGGCAUUUCUGAGGGCUCCAGAGAGAAGAGCCAAAAGUCUAGGAUGCCUGGAGCAAAGGAAAGAAUUGAGUGGCGUUUGAUCAAGGUGGGGAAGAGGUCAGUUGGUGCUGUGUUGUGAAAGGCCUUCCAGUGAGUGGUAAGUAUAUGGGCUCAAUAUGAAACACAGUGGGAAACCAUUGAGGUGUUUUAGCUGUAAAAGUAACGUGAGAAUCAGAUUUGUGUUUUAAAAAUACGGUCUGUUGUAGGGUUCUGAAGAGGAGGGUGGAAACAGUGGCUGCAGCAAUAACCAUUUCAGGUCCGGGUGAGAGAUGAUAGCUUGGAUUAGGGUCAGAGCAGGGGGAGAAGUGAAGUAGUUGGAUAUUAGAGAGCUACUAAGAGACUCAGUCGGCCCCGUACUCUUCUUUCACACCUUGCUGACUGCUUCGGGUCAGGUGCAGUGAAUCACAUCGUGUGGGGAAGUGAGCAAAAUAGCAAAAGUUGUUCAUUCCGUCAGCAAACAUGGAAACUGCCCACUCUGGGACAGGACCAUGCCAGACUUUGUGUCUCUGGAAGUGGGUGACAUAAUCACUGGCCUCAACGUCUGCUGAAUGAGAACUGUAGUUAAAUGACGAGUAAGAAAACAUGCUUACCAAAAUAGGUGGCUGUGCUGACGGUGUGUUACCAUCUGAAGGAAGGCUCAUGUGCCAUUCAGGUUGGUCCCUGGGAAUCAUUGGUUUAUGCCUGGCCUCAGUGAGUGCCUCAAGUAUCCAGUGUCUGGUCCUAAAGCCUGUGGACACUCAGAAACCUUAUUUCACCUAAGGACUCAUCCUGUGUUAGUAGAUCCACAUUAAUGAAGCUGAGGAAACUUAUGUAAACCCUACUGACGUAUUAGUUUAUGUUGAAAACCGGUGUGACUAAAGUACAAUGUUCCUGUUUUCUCCAUUCUGGCUUGUUAGCUUAAAGUGGGAGAUAACUACAGCAGGGACCCAAAUACUCAAAAGUGUGUAUGAUCAACAGAUUCUCUCCCUGUAGACAGACCUACAUGGUAAAUGAAACCAUAAUGAAAAGAUUGCUUGGUGAGUAUGGAAUCAAAAUGAGAGAAGGUGAAGGUUCACUAGCACUGGCCUUUAGGUAGCCUAGCGCCAGCAUCUGGUUGCAGUGAAGCUCUUGCUAGGGUAACUAGGACACCAGAGGUCUCCUAUCUCCAGUCCCCUUUGUUCCCAAUUUCCACUCAAAUUAGGUCUGACCAGAGUAGCCCUUUCCUGUACAUCGUUUGUGGCCUAUCUUUUCAUGUUUUUUUCUCAUUUGGGAGAAAAAAAAUGAUCAGCUAAUAAUUGACGUGAAAAUAUGGCCAGAUUAGUCAUACUGGCUCAGAAGACAUUCUCUUUAAAGUAGCUUUAUUCGUCUUGAACUAUUUGGGGUCUGAUCAUUAAACUAAAAUUCUUAGAUACUAUUUCCUCUCUUCUGAAAUUUCUGGGGAAAGCCCACAAGAAUGGACACCAACAAGGAAAUUUUGCUGCAGUGUGAGAGAGGCAGGAGAAUGGAGCAAACGAGAAGAGAGAGGAGACCGCACACCAUGCUGUCCCCAAGAAACGAAGAAAGUAACUUCCUCGCUUCCUGACUUUAAAGUUCUCAAUUCCAGCCCCCUCGGAUGAGGCGUGGCUGUUGCCAUGGAGGCAGAAGCUGGACUGGGGAAGUGGGGGCGAAGUGGGUAGAGCAGUUAUGCUUUUGAUUGGCCAGAGGCGCUGUCACAGGACGAGUUCACCUGAGAUCUGGGUCUUCCUGAGGGUAAGGUAAUACAUGCUCAUGGUAAAAAAUAAAUAAAUAAAAACAAAAAACAAAAGGAGACUAUACAGUGAAAAAGUCCCUGGCAUUUUGACUCUGUUCCCGUGGAGAGCUGCUUGUUCUGAAGUUCUGGAAAGGAUCCUCUUCCCAAACAGGUCCCUGAGUACUGACUGUCACAGCCUGCCGCGUCUUUCCUGUUGACUCAUGUUUGGUUCCUCCAGUGAAAAUCUCACUUAGAAAAAUGCUGCCUCCAAAGUACUUGUCUGCCACCAAACCCAAGAAGUCUUGGGCCCCAGAUGUGCAUGAGCUAGACAGUGACUUGACGAAGGAGCCGGAUGCCACCAUAAGAGAAGGUGCAACUGACCCUGAGUUCUUUCAUCAGAGGUUUCGGAAUUUCCUCUACGUGGAAUUUGUUGGGCCUCGGAAGACACUGUUCAAACUCCGAAACCUCUGCCUCGAUUGGCUGCAGCCAGAGACUCGCACCAAGGAGGAGAUUAUCGAGCUCUUGGUCCUUGAGCAGUACUUGACCAUCCUUCCAGAAAAGAUCAAGCCUUGGGUGCGGGCAAAAAAGCCCGAGAACUGUGAGAAGCUAGUUACUCUGCUGGAAAAUUACAAGGAGAUGUAUGAACCAGGAGAUGACAACAACAGUGACCUCCGCAGCGAAGACAGCAUGAGCCGGAAGGGAGCAGAGUCCCCACCGCCACGUUCUGCGUCAUCAUUCUGCAGUGACCGGGACCGGGACUGGGACCAGGAGUGGGACCGGGAGCGAGACCGGGACUGGGAUCUGGACUGGGACCGGGACCGGGAGCGGAGAGGCAGGAGCAGAGACCUGGGGUCUCGGGACCGCUGGCCAUACCCCAGGAACCCCAGAGGCAGACUUCCUCAACGGGACCUUUCCCUUCCUCUGAUGGAGAAAACAACUUUUGCGACAGAAAGAGAACGCAAACGUAGGGAUUCUGUGAUGGAUUAUGAGUCAAGAUCCCAGGAUGCCGUGUCAUACCAGGACGUUGUGAACCUGACCGAGGACAGGAAGCCUCAGAACCCGAUUCAGGACAACAUGGAAAACUACAGGAAGCUGCUCUCUCUGGGGGUUCAGCUUGCGGAAGACGACGGCCACUCCCACAUGACACAGGGCCAUUCAUCGAGGUCAAAGAGAAGUGCCUACCCAAGCACCAGUCGAGGUCUAAAAUCUAUGCCUGAAACCAAAAAGUCAACCCAUCGGCGGGGAAUUUGUGAAGAUGAAUCUUCCCACGGGGUGAUCAUGGAAAAAUUCAUCAAGGACGUUUCGCGCAACUCUAAAUCAGGACGGGCAAGGGAAUCUAACGAUCGGUCCCAGAGGUUCCCCAGAAGGCCAGACAAUGAUUGGAAGGAAGUUUCGUUCAACAAGAGGGAGUCGGUGAUUCAGGAGAGGGGCUAUGAAGGGAAUGGCUUUGGGGGAGGCUUUAAUUUUAACUCGAGUCUUGUUUCCAAAAAGAGAGUUCUUGAAAGAAAAAGGCGCUAUCAGUUUGACACAGAUGGGAAGGGUUCAGCUCACGAGCAGAAGGGCUAUGCAAGGAAGAGACCUUUUGAAUGUAGUGAAAUGAGAAAAGCCAUGAGCAUGAGCAGCCUUAGCGCCCCCUCCUUCACUGAGUCGCAGCCACUUGAUUUUGGGGCAAUGCCCUAUGUGUGUGAUGAAUGUGGGAGGUCUUUCAGUGUGAUUUCCGAAUUUGUCGAACAUCAGAUCAUGCAUACUAGAGAGAAUCUCUAUGAGUAUGGUGAAUCGUUUAUUCAUAGUGUGGCUGUCAGUGAGGUUCAGAAAAGUCAGGCUGGAGGGAAACGCUUUGAAUGUAAGGAGUGUGGGGAAACCUUUAAUAAGAGUGCCGCGCUUGCCGAACAUCGGAAAAUUCAUGCUAGAGAGCAUCUUGCAGAAUGUAAUGAUGAGGAGUAUGAGGAGCCAUUCAUGCCUAGCCCAACCUUCAGUGAGCUCCAGAAAAUAUAUGGGAAAGAUAAAUUCUAUGAAUGUAAGGUGUGUAAGGAAACCUUCCUUCAUAGCUCUGCCCUAAUUGACCACCAGAAAAUCCAUGGUAGAGAUGACAAAGAUAAUGAGCGUGGGGAAGGCUUUAAACCCAGCCCACCCCCCAAUGAUCUUCCGAAAACAUAUGGUAAAGAGAAAAUGUAUGAAUGUAAGGUGUGUGGGGAGACCUUCCAUCACAGCUCAUCCCUGAAAGAACAUCAGAAGAUCCAUACUAGAGGAAACCUCUUUGAAAGUAAGGGUAAAGUGUGUGAGGAAACAUUUAUUCCUGGUCAGUCCCUUAAAAGGCGUCAGAAGACGUACCCAAAAGAGAAGCUGUAUGACUUUACAGAUGGUGGGGAUGCCUUUAGGCAAAGCUCAGACCUCAGUGAGCAUCAGAAAAUUCAUUCUCGAAAGAACCUCUUUGAAGGCAGGGGGUACGAGAAGUCUGUCAUUCAUAGCGUGCCCUUCACUGAAUCCCAGAAGAGUCAUACUAUAACAAGACCACCUGAAGAUGAUGAGGACCAGAAGGCGUUCACCGUCAGCUCUAACCCUGAUGACAACCAGAAGGUUCCUCCUCAAGAAAAUGUCUAUGAGAGGAAACCAUAUGAGAGGUCUGUUAUUCAUAGCUUAGCCUUUGCUAAGGCUGAGAAGAGUCACAGUGCAGUGGGGCCCAGCAAACCAAAAGUGAUCGCAGAGUCUACCAUUCAAAGCUCAGGUGUUACCGAACAUCAGAAAGCCCACGCUGGAGAGAAUACCUCUGAAGGCAAGAAAUACGAGAGGUCUGUUAUCCAUAGUGUAGCUGCUUUCAAACCUCCCAAAAGUUGCAAUGGAAACGAAGUCGUUGAAUGUGAAGAGAAGGGAGAAUCCUCCACUUCUGUUUCAGACCGUCAUGAUAAGCAACAGAAAACUCCUGCCAGAGAGAACCCUAAUGAAGGGGGUAAGAAUAACAACUACAAGGACUCUGUCAUACAAAGUGUAUCCCAUAUGGAAUCUCAGAAAAGCCCAACUAGUCAGGGAUCCAGUGAACUUAAGAAGGAUGGCGAAUCACCUACUCCCACCUCAAAUGUCCGUGAACAUCAGAAGGCUCGUUCGAAGAAGAAAAACAUUGAGCGUAGGAACUACGAGACCUCUGUAAUUCACUCCCUACGUUUUGGUGACCAUCAAACAUUUCGCCCUAGAGAGAAAUUCUAUGAAUGUCCAGAGUGUGGAGAAUCUUUUGUUCGUAGCUACGACCUCACUGAGCAUCUGAAGAUUCACGAUAGAAAGAAGCCCUCUGGAAGUAAAAACUACGAACGUUCUGUAAUUCGCAGCUUAGUCUCUACUGAUCCUCAGACGAGUUACGCUGAGCAGCAACCACAGACAAGUUAUGCUGGCCACUCAUCACAGAUGAGGUACUCUGACCAAGCAGCGCACACGAGUUACGCCAAACACCCAGUGCAGACGAGUUACUCUGGAAUGCACAUGAGUUACGCCGUACAGCCAGCGCACAUGGGUUACACACAGCAAGCAGCACAAACGAGCUACAUGGUGCAACCGACACAAAUCAGUUAUGACGAGGAGCAAGCGCAGACAAGUUACGCUGAACAGCAAGUGCGCAACAGAUGCAGGGAGUGUGGGGAGUGCUUUGCCACCAUCGGGGACCUUGGUGCACAUCAGAAAAUCUAUGCCCGAGAAGAAUUCCAUGGUCGGAAGCUCUUUGGAGACACUGUUAUUCAGGGCAUAGGCCUUGAAGGGCCUCGGCCGGAAGAGCCUCGGCAGAAUGAGCCAGAUGAGCAGGACGAGCAGGACGAGCCUGAAGAUGCAAUCUAUGGCUGUAAGGACUGUGGGCUAGGCUUUGCAGAUCGUGCGGACCUUAAGGAUCAUCAGAAAGUUCAUGGCAGAGAGUAUCUCAUCGAUAGUCGUGAGUACACCCAUUCUGUAAUCCACACCCAUUCUGUCAGCGAGUAUCAGAAAGAUUACAUUGGAGAGCAGCUCUAUGAAUGCCCGGCAUGUGGGGAAUCCUUCGUUCAUAGCUCGUUCCUUUUUGAGCAUCAGAAAAUCCACGAGCAAGAUCAAUUUUAUGGCCAAAGAAGGUAUGACGAGCCUUUUGUGCAGCCCCUGGUCAUCAACCCACGGAGGCCUCGUGCCCCACAGAAGAAUCCCACUGCAGGAACAUCCCUUCAGUGCCACGUGUGCGGACAAGACUUCAUUCAUGGCUCUGUCCUCGGUGAGCAUAUGAGAAUUCACACCAGAGAGGAUUUACCGGAACAGGGCCAGAGAAGUGAAGAUGCAGUGAGUCCAGGCUUAGCCCUUACUGAGUUUCAGAGAAGUCAAACCGAAGAGAAACACUAUGAAUGUAAAACAUGUGGAGAAACCUUCCUCAAUCAGUCAGACCUUAGGGAGCACAUGAGAAUUCAUGAGAAAGACGAGCCCUAUGAUUAUGGGGCCUCUUUUGUUCACACUUCAUUUCUUACUGAGCCCCCCAAAAGAGAUUCACCAUUCUAUGAAUGCAAGGACUGUGGGAAGUCCUUUAUUCAUAACACCGUUCUCACCAAGCAUCAGAAGCUUCAUCUUGAAGAAGAGGAAGAAGAAGGAGCCCAGGAGGUGGAAGCCAAUGUCCUUGUUCCACGAGAAGUGCUGCGGAUCCAGGGGUCAAACGUAGAGGCUGCCGAGCCCGAGGUGGAGGCUGCCGAGCCCGAGGUGGAGGCUGCCGAGCCCAAUGUGGAGGCCGCCGAGCCCAAUGGAGAGGCCGAGGGACCAGAUGGGGAGGCUGCAGAGCCAGAUGGGGAAGCCGAACAGCCCAACGGAGAGGCCGAACAGCCCAAUGGAGAUGCUGAUGAACCAGACGGGGCAGGGAUCGAAGACCCAGAGGAAAGAGCUGAAGAGCCAGAGGGAGAUGCUGAUGAGCCAGACGGGGCAGGGAUCGAAGACCCAGAAGAAGAAGGCGAAGAUCAAGAGAUUCAGGUUGAGGAGCCAUACUACGACUGCAGGGAAUGCGGAGAAACCUUUGCUUCCAACUCUGCCUAUGGCGAGCACCUGAAAACCCAUGCCAGGGUGAUAAUAUUUGAGCCUGGAAAUGUCUAUGGGGAAAGCUCCCGCUACACUGAACAUGCCAGCACCAGCACCAGCGACAACGACAGGGCCGAUGACAAGUAUUUCAAGUGUGAUGUCUGUGGGCAGCUUUUCAGUGAUCGCCUGUCCCUCGCUAGACACCAGAAUACUCAUACCGGCUGAGAACAUAAGUAUAAAGGUUAGGAAACCUUCACUUAGAACUUGACCCUUACUAAACCAGAGACUUCAGACCAAUCCAUAACAAUGUCAGAAGAAACUUACCUUGACACGUACACACCUGACUUUUAACAUCAGACAACUCAGACUAAAAAGAAACCAAAGGUGGAAACUGCUUUGGUCUCAGCUCUCCCCCAUCUAGCUCUCCCCCAUCCAGCUGUCUCCCAUCCAGCACCAGUGUGUGCAUAUGGGAAAGCUCUAGCACAUACCUUGCAUCUGAGUGACCUUAUUGAGGGAAAACCCCAGGGGUUUUUGAGACUACAGAAAUCGCCCCAGUCAACUGUAAAUGACAUUUCUGUAACCUAUAUAUAAUGCUCCCUGCAGUGUAUAUAAAAUAGCAUAUCGUAGCAAAACAGUAAUCACAUAUCUUUGGAUUUGAUAUGAUAUACAGUUACAGUUUACUGUGCAGAGGUACCUUACCUGGUACUCGGAUUUUUUUUUUUUUUUUUUUUUGGAGGAGGAAGAGAGCAACAAAUUAGAAUAUAUUUCUAAGCAUCUUAGAUUCUGAGAAAGACUUCUUGUGCAUUAUUUGGACCCCAUUGGUAUCGUUUCGAGUAAUUGUGUGUCAUUCCUUACUCCUAAGUAUUCCUGUACAAGUGUAAGCAUGAAAGGUAAAAUGUCUUUUAUUCUUUGCUGUUUGAAAAGAGAAGUGUUUUGAACUUCCUUUUCAGCCAUUUCGUCGACACCAACACUUUGGAACCUAAUGCUGUGUAAGCCUUUACAAUAUGUGGAUUGGCCUUUUGUGACCCAAAGUGGUUGGUUGCCACAUUGUACCUUGCAGUGGUUCUCAUGCUAAAAUAUGACAAGUUUUGUUUUGUUUUUUUAACCAACCUGAUGUGUGUUUGAUAAUGAAUUUACAAAAACUGAAGCUUUUCCCUAUAAAUCCUACGUUUUUGCCUUUAAAGAGUGGGUUGCAACCAUCACUAGAUCACAGUAGUGCCUACUGACGGUUGAGAACCAGAGGGAGAGACUUUUGUGUUGUAAAUAAGGAUGCAGGCUAACAACUUCCAUCACUUCCUUUGUGCGCUUCCUGCCUUAAGUGACAAGUAGCAUCGUGGCUUCAGUAGUGUGAACUGCCACAAGUCAGUCUGCACCCUGGGUGCCCAGGAGCUAGUAUCCUUAGAGCUUUCUAUCGCUUACCUGAUUUCUUGUCUUCACCUGUCUGACCCUCCUCCCCCAUGUCUAACUUAAAUUUUAAAAAUUAAAAAAAAAAAACAAAAAAAACAAAAACAAAAAAGCUUUCUUUACAGUCAACUUAAGCUUAACAUGGACUCAGGUUCCCCAGCAGCCUUAAUUUGUUUCCUUACCAUCUGUUCCUCCCUCUUGCAGCCCUUCUAAGUAUUUCCGAGCUAUCUAUCCACUAGUGUCACGUUUGUCGGAUCACCUCAGUUUUCCAUUUAAUCACAAAUUGACCUCAUAGCUUGAGGUUUCCUGUGUCCUGUUCUGUGGACCACCUGUACUCCUUUUGCUUCCCCUCCCCUUGCAUAAUGACUAUUAAAUUUUUUGGCUUUGAGUUGGCUGGAAAAAAAAAAUUAAAAAAAAAAAAAACCUUAGAAGUGGAUCUGUAGAUUAAGUGAGCAAAAGACAACAGCAGAUAAUUUGAGCAAGCAAAAUUAACCUAUGUGCUGGGGGAACGUGUCUAAAUCUUCCUCUCCUAGAUCCGCGUGGUUAGGGCUUGGGGAAUGUGUGUCAGAGCUGCAGGGAAUGCCAAAGUUGAGGAAGGCUGUAGGGUUGAGAGCACGAAGCAGAAACGAGGAAGCCAAAGAAGGAAGUCCUAAUACAUCGCCAGAUCUAGGAGGGUGGGGAAGCAGACAGAAGGAAAAAUGGGAAGCAGGGCUGGGAAGCCCAGGUUGGUGGGAAUGAAUUGAGCAGGAUGUCCUGGGCAGUGAAGAAGGGGCCUUUUUGGUAUAGGUGAGGGCCAGCUGCAUAGAAGGACCUGAGGUUGGAAUGGACAGCCAAGAAAACAGGAGAAUCGAGGCCCCGCAGCACAGGAGGGGGACCCUUUAGAUGGGAACCGGCGUUGAUGUUAUCAGGGUGAACUUGGGUUGAUCGCUGUUGGCAGUAUUAAUUGGUAGAACCUUUUCAGAAAACAACUUGCCAAAUGACAGGGUGUCCAUUCCAAUCUCAUGUUAGUGAAAACUUAGGAAUGACAUAAAUGCCAAAACAAUAGGACGAUUACGUGAAGGUAUUCGUGGACCGUAUGCAGCUGCUUAAAAAUGAUAAUCAAGAGUUAUGUAGCAAUGUGGAAAUAUAUUUACGGAAUAUUAAGUGGAAAAAGCAGGACACAGAAUUAUAUUUAUACUACAAUUAUAACUGAUUAAAAAUGUAUGCUUAUAGUCAAAAGCUGUUGUGUUGUUGUUGUUGUAGGCUAAUAGUUGAGCAUUAUUUUCUUAAAUUCUUUGAAUGUUCUUUAUAGUAGUGUUACUAAAAAGUUUAUAAUCACGUUUCCAUUGUGAACAUAAUUUGAACACAUCAUCAGACACUUGGAAAAUACAGAAAAGUGGAGGAAAAAAAAAUCCAUAUUCCAACCUUCCAAAGACAGAUACACACUCUUCAACAUCUUGUUUAUUCUUGUUUCUGUGCACAGGUUUAUGAUUAUAACUGUGUCAAAACGUGUAUUCAGAAUAGCUGUUACCUUUGUGGAAUUAUGGUUAAACACUUUCAUCUUAAUGUUUUCAAAUGUUCCUUAUGAUAGUGUUCUUAUAACAAAGUUUAUUAUGUUUGUUUCCAUUACAAGCAUAAUACAUACCCAGAGGAAAAUUUGGAAAAUAUAGUAAAUUAGAAAAGAGGAAAAAGUCACCCAUAUUCCCAACACCCAGCAACUACUGUUAACAUCUUGAUCUAUUUCCUCCAUCUUGUUUUAGUGCACAAGCUUGUGAUUAUAACAGUGUUAAAUAUGUAUGCAUAAAGUCUAAAAUGAAAAAAAUACUGAAAAAUAAUUAAAAUAGUGUUGUCAUUGUGGGAUUAUGGUUAAAUAUUUUGUCUCAAAUUCCUUGAAUGACCUUUGGUGUUUUGGUAUUAAAUCUUGUGUAUGUAUUUCUCCAUUACAAAUAUAAUACAUACUCAUAGCAAACUUUGGAAAAUUCAGUAAAACUAGAAGAAAAGUAAUUCACCCAUAUUCCCAACACCCAGCAACAGUUGCUGUUAACAUCUCGGUCUGUGCACCAGUCUAUGAUAAUUAGGGUGUUAAUGAUAGGUAUACAUAGAGUCAAAGAUGGGAAGAAAUAUGGAAAACAAUUAAAUAGUUGUGUGGUCGUUGUGGGAUUAUGGUGAAAUAUUUUGUCUUGGUUUCCUCGAAUGGUCUCUAUCAUAGUGUUUUGGUAAUCCACCUUUAUUACAUAUAUACCAUUAUAAACACUGUAUGUGUUCAUUAUAGAAACUUUGAAGUUACAGAAAUGUAGAAGAGAAACUCACCCAUAUUUUCACCAUCCAAAGACUGUGGUUAACAUCUUGAUAUAUUUUCUUCAUCUUGUUUCUGUGCACAGGUUUUUGGUUUGUUAAUAUGGUUGUGGUUGUUCUAUCUAUCUGUAAUAGUGUCAACAAUAAAAAUAAAGUUAAAAAUAA